GUCGAUUGUUCCCUGAGCCGAUUCUUCAUGUGGCCUUAGCUAGUAACGGAAUUCCGAAGAUGUCUAACGAACACCCGCCCUUCACUCAAACAUGACGAGUAAUCCGUUCUCCAUCUAUCGCUCAGAGACAUUCGACAACAGUUGAUGAUGGAGCCCCCAAAGAAGAGACGCCUCCUCUUCUUGCAUGCCGAUAAUCCUACUCAACGUCGCACCCGCAGCCAGUCGCUCGACUCCAAGGUGCGUCGCCAUCUCAUGGCCGACAUUGGGAGGUCCCGAAGGAAGCCACCAAAAGCCUCUCCAUUCGUGACUUUAGUAUGGCAUGCGGAAACGCCAAGGGCUCAAUCGAACACCCGCCAAGGUGAAGAUUCGACGAGUCGAGAGAUCCGAGAUGACCAUGCACAAGCUCCAGCGAAAGAUUUAGUCGCACCAUAUCAUACUGCUGCACCAUAUGCAACGCCGCCCAUUUUACAUGCAUUAUCCGUUUUCGAGAAGGAAUGGGGAGAGGAUUGGUUCUCAGCAUACGGAUUCACUCUAAUCAUGGUCGCAGGAAACAACGCAAUGAGCUCUACUCGCUCUACAAACACCUUCUGGUUCCCAUUCGCCUUUAGAAAAUCCGCCUUUCUUCACCACUACCAACAGAUUUUCAAUUCACCCAACGUCCUUAUUCCAUUAUACCGGAGGUCCGCUAGGGAGCUCAGAUCUCUGGCGUUGGAACGCUCUCUAGUGACGAUUCAGUGUGUUGAAUCUAGGCUUGCCAGCUCCGAUUUAAGUAGCGCGACGUCCGAGAGUGUAAUAAAUGCGGUGCUGGCAAUGGUUUGCUACAAUUUUACAAGCUUGGAUUUUGACCAGGCGAUGAUCCAUGUCAAGGGCAUGUGGAUGGUGAUUGCGGCAAGAGGUGGCAUCUCUACCUUGGAGGCCAACCAGGACCUGAUGCUCAUGAUUUCAUGGGUGGACAUUACUGCAGCAUUGCUCCACGACACAAAACCUCUGUUCCCAUUAUCCAAGGCCAUGACCAGUGCAAGCAUAUCUUACUCGGGCUUAGAGAUGCUGCCCGGUCCACUACCCAGCGUCCUCAUCGACGAGAACAAGCAGGAUACGCGGUUCAUGGGCGUCAUGUCCUGCAUAGGUGAUCUGAAUGAGAUUGCCACGCUGCUCCAGUUCGAGCUGGCGACCAAAGGUGAUGCGAUCUGGGAUGAUGAAGAGCAGAUGGGUUUUCUCAUCAACCCAGUCACUCACCACUUGCUCGAUCAGCAACCAACAAGAUCGCCAGAGCCAAUGACGCAUUGUGACGUUAUUUCGGAGGCGCUUCGGCUCGGUGCCAUCAUCUGGAUCAUACGGGUGAAGCGAAGAUGUCGCUCCUAUCCCGGAACAGUUGAAGCACGCAUCUCAACGUUGCUAAAGAUGCUGUCGGGCGAGCUCAACGCGGAACUUGUCUGGAACAGUCCUGGCCUAUGGCUUGUCCGACUUUGGCUGCUCGUUCUCUGCAGCAUUAGUGAACCUAGUGAGGAAGACCUCGCGACCGCGAUGAGGAUGAUAGGCAACGAAAUGAGAGAGCCGAGGGCGGCAUCGUGGGAUGAAAUCAUGUCAGGUAUCCGCCAGAUGCCCUGGGUGGACAUUUUCGAGACUCCGUGUGCUGAAAUUGGGCAGCGGCUUAUGAGGGAUUACCUUUUGUAUAUUGUUGAAUGAAUUGAACGUGUAUUCCUCCCGUAAAUACCAGCAGCCGCAGUUACUCAGGCCGCAGAAGAGAUAGACUGGACAGGAUGCGCCUAUCGCUA